ACAGCCUGCUGUAAUUUAUGAGAAGAAGAAGAAGGAAGUGGUCUGUCGCAGUCCCGGCUCAGAGUUGUGCUGCGUCUCUGAUCAGGUCCAGCUUUAAUAAACACGAGUUCUUCUCCUGCGUCAACAGAACCCAGAAAACUGAAGUGCGAUGGCGUCAGCGGAGGAGCCUCAGUUCUCUUUGGUGGGUCUGGAGGAGGACCUGACCUGCAGCAUCUGUCUGAGCACCUUCACCUGUCCGGUCACCAUCCCCUGCGGACACAACUUCUGCCACGACUGCCUGCUGGCCACCUGGAAGGACUCCUACAGCUGCCCCCAGUGCCGGACCCUGUUCGCCAUCAAGCCCGAGCUGAAGAAGAACACGGUCCUCAGCACUGUGGUGGAGACCUUCAGGAUCCGGGUCAAGAGUGAAGCGCCGGUGGAGGAGAGCCAACCCGAGCAGCAGCAGCAACACCAGGAGGAGGAGAAGAAGAAGGAUGUGAUCCGCUGUGACACCUGUAUGGAAGUCGAGGCGGCUCAGACCUGCCUCACCUGCAUGGCCUCCUUCUGUGAGGAGCACCUGCGGCCCCACCGGGAGAACCCCAUCUUCCGGGUCCACCAGCUGAGCCAGCCCAUGGGGGACCUGAUGGAGCGCAUCUGCCCGGACCACCACAAGCUGAUGGAGCUGUUCUGCACCAAUCAUGGCCGACUUAUCUGCAGCUUCUGCCUGCAGCAGGUGCACAAGGGCUGCAGCUUCUCCUCACCUGAGGAUCAGAGGAGCCUGAAGCAGUCUGAACUGAGAGAAAAGUUGAGUUUGUUGGAUGCAAAGAUAAAAAAGAACGAAACCGUUAUUUGCCUAAUGAAGGACACGGAGAAAAAGCUGAAGGAUUCGGCCACCAACAGGAAGAGAGCCAUGUUGGGGGAGUACCAGUACCUGCGGGACAUGUUGGCCCAGGAGGAGCAAGAAGCUCUGAAGUCCAUCGACCGGGAGGUGGAGAUGGGUCAGACCAAGAUCAGAGGGAUGGUGGCCAAGUUCUCCGACAACAUUAAUAAGAUGAGCAAAGCUAAAGAGAAGAUCCACCGYCUGCUGAGCCGCUCCCAGACCCAGUCCUUCCUGCAGACUUCCUUUACCCUGCCACAAGCCGUGAACUAUGACCCCUAYUCCCCUCGGAUCACCCUGGACUCUAAGAAGGUGAUGCUGUUGGAGGCGUUCACCGCAGACCUGAAGAACUUCCUGUUGCAGCUCCUGAAGCAGCCCGUGGAGACCAGAAUACAAAUACUUCAAAGAGGUGAAAAGGCAGCGCCUGCCUCCGGGUACACGCCUUCGGGUCCUGGACACCAUCCCGAGCCAGAACCAAGGUUUCCAAUGGCACCUCCGAGUCUCCCCAGGUCGCACAGUCCAGGACCUGGAUUCAAAGCAGGCCAGAAGAAGAAACCGCAGAAAAACAACAAAAAUCCUCAGCAAAACUCUGAGAACGUGGGAACGAAGAAGCUGAACCAAUCGAUGGAAAACCUGUCUGUGUUUGACAACAAAGACAGAGGAGCCAGAGGACGUCCUGCUGCAGCUGGACCCAGAGACAGUCCAGAGAUUUCUGACAUCUCUCCAGAGAUGAGUUCUGCUGAAAAAAGAAAUGAGCUUCUGAAAUACGGCUCGGUGCUGACGUUCGACCCUCGAACAGCACAUAAACGCAUCGCGCUCAGUGAGGGCUUCACGAAGGCCUCGGUCUCAGACGAGCACACGAACUACAUGGACUGCCCUGAGCGCUUCUCCGUUUGCUCCCAGGUCUUCGCCUCCAAGGGUUUCUCAGCAGGUCGCCACUACUGGGAGGUCCGGCUGAGCAGCAACAACUUCAUCGGCAUCGGUCUGGCCUACGGCAGCAUCGACCGCAAAGGCCCCACCAGCCGGCUGGGCCGCAACGACAGGUCCUGGUGCGUGGAGUGGUUCAAUGUGAAGCUGUCGGCCUGGCACGACAGCAGUGAGACGGUGCUGGCCAACCYCAACCCCAAGCGCGUAGGUGUGCUGCUGGACUGCGAGGAGGGCCGGGCUACGUUUUAUAACGUGUCUGACAGAGCAUACCCCUUCCACUCCUUUAUGUACCCCUUCACUGAGGCUGUGUACCCGGCCUUCUGGAUCUUCUCCAGUGGCUCCUUCAUCAGUCUGUGUAAGCUUCAGUAGUGAGUGACAACUUAAACUCACACUGUCCAUCUUUUUAUAUUCAUUACUGUAAUGGAUAGAAAAAGAAUGAAAACUGGCAGGUAAUAAUAAAAAUACAUAAAUAAAGGUGGUAACUCUCUGAGCUGUGAAUGUUGGACACCAGGUAGGGACUCCAAAUUUCUAAAAAUAGAGUUGCGAGCAGCUAGAGCAGUAAGAUUAAUUUGAACGGUUUGUAAAACUGCACAUGAUUAAAUUGUUCCCUCUUCGGCAAGCCCCCCUCACAUUUAGUAUUUAAUCUGCUCACUUUUAAAAUGAAGACAGGCAGAUCUGUACGGAGCCUGCGAGGGGAUAUGGGGUAAUUUUUUUUCUUUUACAUUCCCAUUCAUUUCCUUUGCGUUACCCCACAAAACUUUUUGCGUUACCUCGCAAGACCUUUGGGUUACCUCGCAAGACCCUUGGGUUACCUGGCAAGACCCUUGGGUUACCUGGCAAGACCCUUGGGUUACCUGGCAAGACCCUUGGGUUACCUGGCAAGACCCUUGGGUUACCUCGCAAGACCUUUGGGUUACCUCGCAAGACCUUUGGGUUACCUCGCAAGACCUUUGGGUUACCUCGCA